CACGUGACGAGAGCCACGACCGGAGCACCCCAGCGCCGAAAUUCAAAAUACGCUUAUUGUUAAAAAUGAAUUUAUUGGCUUCUUGUUGAAAACACCAAAGUGAGUUUGUGAAAUUUUCUUUUAUUACUUUAUUACAACCAAUUCCACAAGAAAAUAUCCACCCAAGAGACGCGACCGUCACUGUAAUGUGAAGCAUAUCUGUGGGACAUUUUGUGCAACUGGUUGACCAUGAGACGGAGCCCAAGGAGACCCCUGAUUCUUAAAAGACGCAAGCUUCCCUUUCAGCACAGCGAGCCUCCCGCGAGCCAGGAUGCAUCAGUGCCUCAAGGGAAUCCGGGGAGCUCAUCCGCUUGUCAGUCAUUCCCAGACGGCGUGCGCAUCCUGGAUCACCCCCACCACCCCGGCACACAGGUGGUGGUCAUUCCCAAGACGGCCGAGCUGCGCAGUGUCAUUGAGGCACUGACAGUUAAAGGCAAGGAGCACGGCGCCCAAGGGCCCAACAAGUUCAUCCUCCUGGGCGAAAGCGGCAGCCUGGACGCGGGCUCGCUGGACAAGACGGACCAGGACUCCGAUUUUGCAGGGAGCGCGCCGGGACAGCAAUUGUCUCAGAGCUCCGUAUUCACUGGAGUUAAACAACGGAAAAAGGAAGAUGACGGCCGUUUCAACAACAGCCUCACCAACAUUGAGUGGUUGGAAAGGUGCGAUGCUCUGCUGUCAGGACCCAGCCAUGACAAGUCCAAUAAGGAGAACCAGACUGCGGUAGCCGUGUUGGAAGAAACAGCGCCCCCUGUGUGUGAAGCAGCAUGUGGCUCAUCACUGAAGAAAUCCGGGGACUGCCCGCAAUGCGAUAGGGCCAUGAAGCCGCCCUUCUCCUACAUGACCAUGAUCCAGUUUGCCAUCAACAGUACUAAGGACGGCCUCAUGACCUUGAAGGAGAUCUACACUUGGCUCGAGCACCACUUUGACUUCUUCAGGGAUGAGAAAAGGCAGGGCUGGAAGAAUUCAGUCCGCCAUAACCUCUCCCUGCAUGAAAUGUUCCUCCGAAAGACGUCGCCUGACAAGAAAGUUUCCUUUUGGACCAUUCGUCCGGAGGCCAAUCGAGGACUCACGCUGGAUCAGGUGUACACGCCCGGAUGUAACCCUGUGGCAGCUUCUUUUGCCCUACCUGCUGCGUCAUCGCCUCGCCAACAGAAAACACCUCCUGUGUCCAAGAAAGCACGUACUGGCUCUGGUUCAAAGCGGAUGAAACCGAUUCUCCCCCAAAUGCCCCCCUUCCCGGUCCCCAUCCAGCUCACCCUCGGCGCUUCCAUUUGUCUGCCUUCUUCCUCCACGCCGGGCCCUCCCGCUCCCCCUCCCGCUCCUGCUCCUGCUCCCGCUCGCCACACCGACGGCAGCCCCUGCAAAGCCAAAAGGCGGAGAAACAUUCCAAAGGUGGCGCUGUUGAGGGAUGCGGCUCAUCGGGCCAAGGCACCGAAAGCAGAGAUGAGGGAGGAAGUGGCGUGCGUGACCCCCCAGCGUGGGAGCCCCAUGACGCUCGCCCGCAGACGGCAAGCCGGCAGCUCCAGACGGAAGCAGCGUCUGGUGCGCAAGCAGCACGAGGAACCGCUGCUGCUCUACACACAAACCUCGGACUUGGACUCCAGUGUGGUUGGCGAGCCGGAGCUCCAGGAGGGGCGGCUUCACUCCUACAAGACCCCCAUCAAAGCGGGCCGGCGCCUGGCGUCCUCUACGCCCAGCAAGCCGCUGGCCGAACUCGCCGGUCAGAGCGCGCUGGACUUCAGCCCCAUCCGCACGCCCGCCGGCUCCGCCCGCACGCCCCUGCGCGACCACGCCGCCUUUAGCGUGAGCCCCACCCCCUUCAAGGACUGGGCCCUCUUCCCGGACACCGGCAUCGCCUGCUCCGGAGAGCCGCUUCUGGCCGGCGGAGGAGGCAGCCCGCCCGCCAACCGCUCACUCAGCGAGGGCCUGGUGCUGGACACCACCACCGACAGCCUGAGUAAGAUCCUGGUGGACUUCAGCUUCAGCCUGGACGACAUGCACGAGCUGGGCUUGUCUGACGUCAGCCUGUCGGAGCUCAUGGCGCAGCUGGCGUAGUCCGCUCGCAUGCGUACCCACCCCACUGGAGUUUUUCUUUGCUUGUUUCUGCGCCUGCCUGACAGCGCUCCAAAUCACUUUUGGGUUUUUUUCCCCCCUUGACCUAAUUGUUCACUGACACUUUUGGUUUGUUCAGCCUUCAGAAAAAUAUCUUUGUUAAUUUGCACGUUAUUUAAUUUUGAGAGUCCUAUGUUACGUGGAGAAAUACUUCCAGCGGUUCGUACAGAUGCUAUUAGCGGUUGAUUAGCAAUAAGCUACUUGACAGAAUAGAAAGAAAAAAAGAAAGCACUACUUGGUAUUCGAGCAGCAAUAAGACUGUUAGUAUUCAAGACUCCUGUUCCCGCGCCGUCGUUAUUGGUCCAAUAAAUAGGUUGCUGUUGCAGCCUC